UCAUCUGUGUAGCCCUAAAAAUAAUAAAAAAGUGUGAAAAAAUAUCUAAAACCCACAGACCAAGAGACUAAAUAUAGUUUAUAAUACUGAGCAAUUACACAAUAUAUUUGACCAAUACCAAAAAAGAACAAAGAAACGGAGGGGUACUGAAGCAUGCUUCCAUUAAACAGUCUGCCCCUUAGAUUUAUGAGAACUAAUCUUAACUCUUGCAAAUAAAAACAAAAUGUAAGAAAUAUUUAACUACAGUGAUCAGAUCACAGCAAGAAUAUGAAAGAAGAAAAUAAUUCAGACUUGUUACCAAACAUAGAGAAAGAGCGUAAGUGAAACCCAAACCUAUCACCAAAAGGCAGGUAAAAAACAUAGUCUUCAUGUCUUAAAGUUAUACUUCAGUAACAAUAUAUUUUAAAGUGAACAUGAAAUGCUUGACUUCUCAUUUCUUUUGACUCCAUAUACUUUCCAUAUCAGACUCAAGAAAAAAAAAAAUCAAUUUCCAAAGAUAACAGUUAUUACAUAAGCAGGUAGCUUCCUUACACUGUUGUACAUUGAAGGCUUCUCUAGUCUGUUAAGAGCCCUGUGGCAUAGCCUUACAGUUACCAGUGCUUAAUAACUGUUAAUAGUAACUCAACAGUUAACUUUAAAGUAAUUGAAGAGUGAUGAGUAAAUAAACCCAGAAUUAAUUAUUCUGAGACGGUUUUAUCUUUUUCCUCUCUUGUUUUCUAAUUGGGGAAAUUUUUGAGUAACAAACAAAUAUUAUUUAGAGACUACAGAUUAAGCAUAGUUUAAACUUUAAAUUAUGUUUUGAAAAACAAACACGUCUGGGACUUCCUGCAUUUCCUGCAUUGAUUAUGAGAAUCAAUACAAGUUCCUGUAGAGUGCUGACAACUCACUAGGGAAGAUGUAAAGGUGAAACAGGUACAUAAUAGAGAAUACAACUAAUUUCCACUGUCAAUCAAAUAAUGCAAACAAUAAAAAAAAGCUAUUUGAUUCUGAAUAUUCAAGUAGAUGUUAGAAGAUUUUUCAGUGCCAACAAUGAACACCAAUGACAGAGGUAGAUGAUGAUUGCUUCUUCAUUGUGGGGUACAAAAAUAUAGUUCCAGUGUUACAGAAACUAGAUAGUAAAAAACUUCAUUAAGUAGUAAGAGCAGCAACCUAAAUCUGUUUUCACUGGGUCUUCAAAAGUGGUCACAUCUUUUGCAUAAUGUUACCCUGCUGUUAUAAUAGUAAUGAGUCUACAGACAGGAUGAAUGUUUUUCCUUCACACAAUUAUUCAAUGCAUGGCUGCAUGUCUUAUGUGUAGUAUGAAAUCAAAACAUAGCUUGGAAUCCAAAAUAAAUUCCUCACCAUCAUUUUCAUUAAGUCAGAGGGGUACCAGAAUAUUUUAUAAGCAGCAGCACAAGAUUCAUGUAAAUUUAAUUUUCCAUUUUGAUUGUUGGCAAUCUCAGACAGGUUUAGAACCAGUUGUCCAAUGUGCAGCCAAAUUUUAGAUGUCUAAAGACCAGUGGUUGCUUUUUGUUUCUGAAGUGUUUGUUUGCUUUCCUUCUAGAACACUUAUAAAGCAGUGAUGAGUUACUUCUUCUUCUAGCCUGCUGUAUACAGCACUUCAGAAAGUUUUGCCUUACCUAUCUCAGUUUACACAACUUCAGAAAAGAACAGUUGUCUCAGUGUGCAGUGAACUGUCCACUACUGCCUCCGAACUUUAUGGAAGGGAAGAGAUCAGAUUCAGUUUUCUAAGGAAAGAAACUCAAAUAAUCUUUUUUUUCUUUGUGAACAAGGAUGCAUCCCUCCAACUUCUCAACUGCGAGUGUAAGAAAGAAAGCGUUCUACAAAGCCUAUUUUAUACAUUAUGAAGAACUGAACUAUUUCUCAUGUACAACCCAUUCUGUGCCUGAGGUGACGCAAGGAACUAAGAGUCAUGAAUCACAUGUUUGACAAACAACUGCCAUCCUGGUAUUUCUAAGUUCAAAAUCGAGUGCUCGAUGUACAAACAGAAUGCUAAACUACUUUAGGAAGCUUCGUAGUUUAAAAAAAAAAAAAACAAAAGUCAGUAAAUUCGAUAAGGGUGAGAGUUUGCCCCAACUUGUGCUCCAGCACCCAGUGCCAGUGGAACAGAGACUUGGGAGAUCCUGAGGCUCAGGGCACAGAGCACCUGCACCCCUGGUGCAUUUCCACUGCUUCUACACCGCGGUCUGCUCGGCUUCUGUCAGUGCCUCCGGCAAGACCGGCUCCCACUCCUGCGAGCAACGAGAGCAGUGAUUUUCAGCGUCAGAAGGCACGGCCGAGCCUCUGAGGCGGCGCCAGCGUGACUCCCAGCACAGCCCUCCCGCCCCGCCUUCCCGGCCCCUCGCCUCAGCGCAGGGGAGACUCGUCGCCACAACGCCACCGCCACCUCCUCUUCCUCCUCCUCCUCCACCUCCUCCUCUUCCCUCUCCCGCCCGCCCCGGCCCCGCCGCAGCCGCCCGAGGAGCCGGGAAGUGCGCAAUGCCGUGGGCCUCGCCCGCCCCGCCGCCAGGAGAGGAGGCCUCGGGGCGCCUCCCGCUCCGCACCGCGUCUGGCCGGGGGAGGGGAAGGGCAGCCCCGCCGGGGUCACUUACCCGCCGCCCGGGCUCCCCGCUCGACUCCGCAGCGGCAACCCCAGCGACCGCGAAGCGUCAGUGACAACGGGCCGGAACGGCCGCACCGCCACAUCCGGGGGCGGGGCGGGGGAAGGCGGGAAGGCGGCGGGGAGCGGUGUGCCGUGUGCCCGGCGUGAGGCGGGAUGGCGCUCGCCGGGCCCGCGGUCCGCGUGCGUGAGGGCGGGCGGCGAGCGGCCCCCCCCGUGGGGAGGACGACGACGACGACGACGAGGAGGAGGGGAAGAAGAAGAAGAAGAAGAAGAAGAGAGCUUCUCCGGGAUCGCUCCGUGGCGGGGCUUCGGUGCCCGGCCUUGAGCGCUCGGCCUGCGGCGGUCCCCGGCGGGUCCUGCGGCAGCGCGCCAGCUGCCGGCGCGUCGGCGGCGAGUGGCGGCCAGGAACGGAGAAUCCAGUUCACUGGAUUUAGGAAGAAAGAGAAAAGAGCGCUGCGUGAGAUGUUACUCAAGCUGGACUGUGUUUUUGUUAAUAACAAGAAAUACAGGAAUUGCACACAUCUUAUAGCAAAAAAGCUUUGCAAGAGUGAAAAGUUCCUAGCUGCCUGUGCUGCAGGAAAGUGGAUACUAACUAAGGAGUACAUAAUUAAUAGUGCCGAAAGUGGCAGAUGGCUUGAUGAAACAACAUACGAAUGGGGAUAUAAAAUUGAAAAAGACACCCAUUAUUCACCUCAAAUGCAAUCUGCACCUAAAAGAUGGCGCAAAGAGCUGCAAGACUCUGGUGCUCCAGGGGCCUUCCACAGAUGGAAAGUUAUCCUCGCUGUUGAGGAAGGUUAUGAACAAGUGGCACCUAUUAGAAGAGUUCUAGAAGCUGGAAAGGCAACUAUGUGUUCAUCUCAGAAUGUCGAGAGUGAUAUCACUCAUGUAUUCGUCCUUAAUAAAUUUUUUUCUGUGCAAAAAGAAAAAUGCUUCUCUGAAGCUCAAUGCUACCCUUUGCAAUAUAUAGGAGAUUACCUUUUGGAGAAGGAUAUACAAAAUACCGAAGUUACCCAAAUUAAGGGUUUUCUGCCAGCACAAGAAACUGACAGAAACAAGUCUAGUAUGCAGCUUAUUGAAAUGAAAAAUGCUGUGAUAAAACAAAUGUAUUUUGUUGAGGCUGCUAAACAGAAGUUUGCUUGUAAAGACUUUCUGAAUAGAUGCAAUCCAAAGGUUAAAAAUACUAACCUAUCCAGAGGCAGAUUGUAUGUAUUUGAAGAAUUAAUACAAGAGCAUUUAUUAUCUGAAGUGAUUACAGAACUUGCUGUUGGUCAGAAGUACUCUUUACCUCCCGUUAAACUUUUUCAUUCUCUUCUAGAACAUGUCCUGUUGGAAAAUACUGAUGCAGUAUUUUGUGCUAAACUUCAUCAUGUUUUGUACCUUAUUCUCCAACAUGAUCCUCCUUGGAAAUCUACAUCUAUGUUAGGAUAUUAUUUAGAUCUUCUUCAGUGUCCUAUCUGUAAGAAAGGCACGUGGAACUUGAUAGAGAUGCUUGUAAGGUCUUGUCUAUAUUGCAAAAACAUUUGUCAUGCAGUCCCAGUUUCAGGGAAAGCAGAUGAACAGAGGAAAGUUCACAAAACAUUAUUGAAGUUUUUCUUUGAUUUAAUAAAAGCUGAAGUAGAAUUUCUGAUUAAAAGUUUGGUUGAAGGGACCAAUUCACAGCACCAGCAAGUAAUGCCACAGACUGUUCUUCUGAAGACCUUUUGGUUGGGAAGUGAAACCUCUGUGCUUUUUACCAAACACAUAAAUAUUCUAGUGGAUUGGGUCGUACUCUCCUAUAGAGAAUUGCAAAGAAAAAAUGAUGCUUUCAGACGUGAAAUAGCUUGUCUAUUAAAUGCAAUCCUUGGAACCGUGGUGGAUUAUUGGAUCGUCUCAGCUUUGCUUAUGGACAGAAACGUGUUUCAUCAAACAGCUGAUGAUUUAGCACGCUACAUUGCCGUUGCCUGUGAUGAUUUUUCAGUAUGUGAUAUUAAAAUGUUCAUUUGUUCCAUACCAUCCCUCUGGCUUCAAAUGUUUGUUGCUGAAGCAGUUUUUAAAAAAAUGUGUUUGCAGAGGAAUGUAACUCUUUCUACAGAACCUAUUUCUCUUCAAAAAAUAGUCGGUCCCUAUUUUCUUGCUUUGCGAGAGGUAGGGAUGUGUGAGACAAGAAACGUACAUAAAGCAAAGAAAAUAGGGCAUUGGCCAUGUCCUGCAUCUCAGAGGGCAUUACAGAUGCUAAAUAGUGAUGAGCAGAACCAAGUCAAAGUGCUGCCUGAUGUACCCUCUCUUUUCAGAUACAGUAAGUGCCAUACAAGGAAGAGAGCCAAGGCUUCAGACACCAAAGAGAAUUGUUCCCCUUGGGCUGAAGAGGUUCAUUUUUACAGGAGAAAUGCUAAAGGACAGACAGCCCUACAUGGAGCUUGCAUAAGAAACAAAGUGGAGAGAUUGAUUCAGCUUCUCUCUUCCCCUGGAAUAGACAUUAAUUCUAAAGACUAUGCUGGCUGGACGCCUUUGCAUGAAGCCUGUAACCAUGGCAGCACAGUGUGUGUCAGUGAAAUUUUGCAGCAUUGUCCAGAGGUAGACUUGCUCAGUCAAGUGGACGGGGUGACUCCUUUGCAUGAUGCACUGUCAAAUGGACAUAUAGAAAUUGGCAAGCUGCUGCUUCAGCAUGGGGGACCAGUCCUUCUACAGCACAGGGACUCCAAUGGAAAAUUGCCACUGGAUUAUGUUCAGUCCCUACCACUAAAACAAGAACUUCUGAACAUUGUUCUUCCAGAAGAGAAAAUUGAAAUCUUCAACAAACAUACACAACAAGAUCUCAGCAGUCAACAAAAAGAAUUGUGGUUGAUUUUAUUUAACAAGAUGCUGCUCAAUUUUUGUUCUGUUUAUAAUCUGUUUUCACCUUUAACUUUCAGAGAGGUAGCUCAUUCAAGUAUGCUUUUAGUAAUGACUGCUGAUAGCCAUAAGAUGAAAGAUACAUUUCCUGCACAUUGGUUAGUAGAUACAUACUUUAAAGAGCUAGAAACUUUUAAAAAGCUACCACAGUUUAUUGAAGAGGUAUCUGCAUACAUGUGUGCUUUUCCUGGAGAACAGAUGAAGGCUUUAUUAGCAACUCUGGAAACUGUGGUAAAGGCAAAUCAGCUCUUUGCUUAAAUUCUUUCUAUAGGUAGCUUCCAUAACCAGUUGCAUUGGUUAAAUCUGCAUGACUGCUAACUUACGAUAUUUGGCUGAUACUUGUUCUGGUAACUGAAGUACAGAUGUCACAGCCAUGCAUGUUAUUAUCACCCAUUACAUUAAUCCUUUCUUCUAGUGGGACUUGAAAGUCAGAUGCAUUGAUUCAAUGCAAUUUUUAGGCAAAAUCUGUCCAUUCACAACACCUUCUCAUUGUCAGACACCUCUGGAUGCAUGACAGCACUUCAGGAGGUGCUGUGUUGUUUUAAUCUUUGCUUCUGUCUUGGAAAUAUUUGUCACCAGUCUCAUGCCAUAGUUCAGUUUGGUUUCUAAAGGUAGAACACCUUAAACUGAGUUACAUACUAUAUAACAAGCAGCUUUUCCCUUAGAAAAGUGCAUACCUACAUAAUUUACUGCAUUUUAACAAAACCAGUAUUCUAACUGUCUUUCAGUAAACGAAACAUAUGUUGUCCCUGCAUCUUACCUAACCACAUCUUGCAAAAGUUAGGAUAAAGUCCUGUAAAAUUAAAAACAGAAGAUAAUAAAACUUUUUUUACAGAAUCAUUGUAGUAGCACUUCCCUUGUCUUUGUUAGUUUGGCAGUACACAGAGAUGCUCCAGGGUGCUAAUGGUCACAUUUGUUUGUGCAGACCAACCUGAGGAGUCUGGCCUAUUCACUUGGGUUUUAUUCGGCACUCCAGUGGGUGUCACUGUCUGGAGCUUUACAAUGACCAGGGCAUCUUCCUGCCCCCAAGGCCAGUGAUGCUGUAAAGGACCAAAUGCACUUUCAGCAUGAGUGAUGAUGUCACUAGCUCUGCUCUGCCUCAUGCUGGCUUGCAGUGAUUUGAUAAAUCCUAUAACUUUGACUGCAUAAAGUCAUCUUGGUAACGCCCCUGGGAUUCCUCCAAUCCAAACGCUGGUAGUGGUAGUGGUAUAAAUCAAGCUGUGUUGGCGGGGGAAUUUGCUAAGGAUUAGACAAGACAGUUUAAGUAUGUUCUGGGCAUCAGAUUCUGACACUAAGUAUGAAUCUCCUUAAAAAUUACAGCCCAUUUAAUGUGAGAAUUUUGUUCUCCGUUUUGUGAAUACAUGCAAACUACACAUGAUAAAUCCUCUAAACUAAUCCUCUAACCUAAUUUAGCAUUGUAUGCUACAUAUUCUAUCAGAUGGUCCUUUUAAUUAAUUAAGAAAUAGAGAAAAUCCUGUGCUGUUCUUUAAAGGUAUUGAGGCUCAUGCAGCAGCUGAGCUGUAUAAUUGUGCUGCAAGAGAUUGGGUGUAUGGAAGAGUUGCGUAUUUUGGAGUGCUCUUGUCACAGAUUUAUAGAGCAAUGACUAUCCUUUCUGCCGUGCAUCUUUGUAGAGAUCUGGUACAAAUUUAGAUCAGACUAAAAUCUGAGAAUAUACACUUCUAGUGGAAAUUAAUUUUUCCCUUCCUAAGGAAGAGAAGGAAAUACUGCUUUAGAAUAAGAACAACUGAAUUUAUUUUUUCUAAUGGAUUCAGUACAAGAUCAGGAAUAAUUCAAAAUCUUAGCCUUCAAAGGAAAGGUACUAAUUAGCAGCGUUUCCAGUUCUUCUAUAGUAGCAAUUUAUAGUAUUAAAAAAAAGAACCUUAAAAGAAAGGGUGUGGAUAAUAGCUGCUUCUGAAAUUGAUGUUGCUUGACUAGGAGGAAUAAGUUACACUGAUAUAGCUGGCUUGCAGCACAUUAAAACUUCCAUUUAGCCUUUCUGCAGCAGAGACAUACUAUCUCAUAGCAAUUAAUCUACUGAAGAUGCUCAGACUGGGUUGGUCUUCGAACCAGACCUUCUUUACAAAUGUUCAGUGUUUAUUAAUGACCGAUUAUUAUUUUUAUGUGUGCAUGCAGUACAGCCUCUCUGGUAGAAUAGAGGACCAGCUCGUAUUGGAUUUGUUUUUGUUUGUGCCCUUUUGCAUUUCCUACAGUGAAAGAGUUGGAGUGAAAAAGCAACACUCAGAAAGCUUUUGUUGUGUGUGAAGUUAUCAACAAACAAGUUGCAGGAUGUGAUGAAGGAAAUACUGUGCACAUGCUCUGUAAGGAAUGCAAAGUAUGCCAGCCAUAUUACAAUUUUCUUUAAUUACAUCAUAAUAUUGCACAUCUAACUCUAGCUUAGAGAUUAUUGAUGUACCAAAUCAGUCUUGAAUUAUCUGAUGGCAAUAUUUUUCCCUUACGUUCUCUCAGUUUGAGUAAGGAUCAUCUAUUAUGCUCUUAACGUUGGUCAGUUUUAUACAAAUUCAGUUUUAGGUAUAAUCAUGGUUGCAGACUCCUUGAAAAAUCUUAACUAUAUCUCCAUCAUAUUUGACAUAAGAUUAUGUGCUUCAUCUCAUUUAUUAGAGACAGAAUCACAGAAUUGGCAGGGUUGGAAAGGACCUCAAGGAUCAUGAAUCUCC